UUUUUUUUUUUCCCCAUUUUUGAAACAUUAAUCCUUUUCUCGUCCCUGCCCUGACAUCAAAGUAUAAUAGAAGCUAUGAAGUUCUCACAGCCUGCGCUCCUUCUCAGUCUUAAUCUGGUAGUAGCCAUCAAUCUCUUUUCGACCUUUACUCAUGCCCUACCAGCACACCCCUCAAAGCCAACUUCACUUGAAAGUCCAUUAUCUCAGCGCCAACAACAACAACAACAUCGGUCACACCAUUAUGUCAGAGAGGCUCGCUCAGCAAAAGCACAUGCAGAGAACAAAUCAAAUAACAGCAAAAACAAUAGGAGCAACAAAAGUAACAGCAAAUUGUCCACUGGUCCAUCACCAACAGCAUCAUCCAAAAUAAAACGUGCAGACAAGAUUACUUCCUCGGUCAUAGCAACAUCGAAAUAUGCAGGAGAAGAGCCGCCGUUGCUUCUACUUCCAGACUCAAAUUCCGUCUGGCAUGCAGGCUCAAUUGAAUCUGUAAAGUGGUCAAAAAAAUAUGCUCGCAGGCUACCCAAGGAUACCACAGUGGAUAUCAUCCUUGUCGACUCAAAAUCCAACAAAAAGCUCUUUUCUCUGAAACGUUUCAUCCCAUUUCGGAAGGGCAGUGCCCAAGUUUGGGUUCCCUCCAAGAUUUCUGAAGAUGGCUCCUAUGUGCUGGUACUUGAGCUCUAUCAUGGGCGUAGUCAGAAACCUGCGACAAUUGAAUCAAAAGCUCAAGAACCUUCUAUCAUUUCAGAGUCAACAACAAUAGCAUCGUUCACUUCCACAGCAACAACAACGACCAAAGCAUCCCAAACAUCAACGGGAGGCACCAUCACAGAGCCCAAUAAUGAUAACGGUAUCCCAUCAAUCCUUCGUCGAUCCGAUAUCAGCAUUGCCCGUCGGUCUCGCAGAGUUGAACGCGACAUCAUGACUUCCUCGUAUUCCUCUUCAUCUUCGUCCCCAUCCUCUACUACAUCUUCCUCAUCUUCUUCAUCCCAUCUCGAUAUCAACAAUGAAGACUAUUACAAAGGUCAUAAAGAGGAUCAACCUUUUGAGUUCUCUCCAGACGAGUUUCGUCAAGAAUAUCCCAAUGUGGCGCAACCAAUCGAACUGGAGCACACUUUUGGUCUCCAUCAAAAGGUCUACACCUUGACGCCCUAUACCCUCGAAUGGAAAGUCCCCUCACGUGUUGUAGAGCUCUUGGAAUACACACAAGCACGCCUUCGUCUAAUGACGGACAAAGCCAUCGAUCAAAGAAACAACCCUGCACUUCAUAAUAAUGACAAGACAUUCGUUGCUAAAGUGUUAGCUGAGCUGGUGCAGGACCAGACCUUGGUACCUGUUUCGGUUCUUGCGAGAAAUAUUCCUGCAGAGACAAGAUUUCAGUAUCUGCAAAUCCAUGAUCGUGUCCCUCCAGCAUUUUAUCGCCUUAAGGUUCAGAUGGUCGUCGUUGAAGUCCAAGGCGGUCAAGGACGGGAUGCUGAUGCAUCCGGUUCGAGGAGCACGAGACUGAAUCACAGCAAAUACAUGGAAGGAUGGGACUUUCCAAAUGGUGGUCAGGUUGUUGAUCGAUAUGAGACUAUUACAAGACGUUUCUGGGUUUCUGGUGGCGCACUGUAGCGGUUUUUUUUUUCUCAUUUGUCGUCAUAUUGAUUGUGUCAUCUCUCCACUUAUUCGUCUGCCA